AUGAUCCUCUCUCGAACAUCAUCUUUGGUCGAUGACGACGACGACAACGUUAAUUCCACGGUGAUUGCCAUUGAUAAAGAUAAGAAUAGCCAUUAUGCCGUGAAAUGGGCUGUCGACAACCUUUUGGGCCGUAGUACUGAUCAUUGCAUUCAGCUCGUCCAUGUUCGAAAUCAAUGCUUGCAUCCUCACGAUUUUGAUCAAGCUGUCUCCAAAGAAGGUCGCCCACCAAAUGAACCCGAGCUGCAACAGUUAUUCCUUCCCUACCGUGGAUUCUGCGCUCGAAAAGGGAUACAAGCAAAGGAGGUGAUUCUCCAUGACAUUGACAUUCCAAGCGCACUUAUCGAUUAUAUUGCUCACCAUUCCAUCAGCAAUAUCGUCGUUGGUGCUUCCCAUCGGAAUGCUAUUACAAGGAAAUUUAGAGAUGCAGAUGUGCCAUCUAGCCUAUUCAAAUCUGCACCAGCAUCAUGUGCGAUCUAUGUCAUAUCAAAAGGAAAAGUUCAGUCAACCCGUCCCGCAGGUCGAUCCGAAACUUCGAGGCAGCGUUCGCAAAAGGGAGUUAGACAUACUGCUCAUCCUGAUACCCAUGACUCUGAUGAUACAAACAGAAACUCUGUUGUUGUUGGAAGAUGGAGAAGCACAGGUUCUGACAAAAUUUUUCUCGAUAGAAGCAGCGAUUCCUUGCAUACACCACAAAGCAACUUUGGGUCUAGCAGCAGGACUAGCUCUCCGACGUUAUCAAUAGACAGUUACGCAUCAGCCAGUUCAUCCCAAAGAAAUAGUGAUUCGUCUGAGCCAUUCGGCUUCCGCUCAUACGACAUGUACUUGGACAACUUAGAAUCCUCAGUGGCCUUGGAGAGCUCCAAUAGCCCUGGCUCCUCACAAACCAUGAAAGGCAUCGAGGCCGAAAAGAUGAGACUGAGAAUUGAACUGAAACACACCAUGGAUACGUAUAACUCAGUUUGCAAAGAAGCUGUUGUAGCCAGACAGAAGGCAGGAGAACUUCAGCAAUGGAAAAAAUUUGAACAGCAUAAAUUAGAGGAGGCCAAGCUUGCUGAAGAGGCUGCAUUAGUUUUAGCUGAAGUGGAGAGGCAUAAGACAAAGGCUGCCUUGGAAGCAGCCAAGAUGCAACAAAGGCUAGUAGAAAUGGAAACACAACGGAGAAAGAACACAGAAAUGCAGGCCAAGCAGGAGGCAGAAGAGAAGAAGAGAGCAAUGGAUACACUGGCAAACAACAACGUUGUAUAUCGAAGAUAUUCCAUGACAGAGAUUGAAGUGGCAACUGAUCAUUUUAACAGUGCAUUGAAGAUUGGUGAAGGUGGAUAUGGACCUGUUUAUAAAGGCGUGCUUGAUCACACUGUUGUUGCCAUCAAGAUCUUGAGGCCAGACUUAUCACAGGGGCAACAACAAUUCCAACGAGAGAUUGAAGUUCUAAGCUGUAUCAGACACCCCAACAUGGUUCUUCUUCUAGGUGCCUGCCCAGAGUAUGGUUGCCUUGUGUACGAGUACAUGGACAAUGGCAGCUUAGAAGAUCGGCUCUUCCGAAAAGACGACACUCCCCCAAUACCAUGGCCAACUCGUUUCAAGAUAGCUGCUGAAAUUGCCACUGGUCUUCGUUUUCUCCAAACUGACCCAGAGCCCAUAGUUCAUCGUGAUCUCAAGCCAGGAAACAUUCUUUUAGACAAAAAUUACCAGAGCAAGAUAAGUGAUGUGGGUUUGGCCCGGCUAGUGCCACCAUCUGCAGCUGAUUCUGUCACUCAAUAUCACAUGACUGCUGCCGCCGGUACCUUUUGCUACAUUGAUCCCGAGUAUCAACAAACAGGAGAAUUGAGUGUGAAAUCUGAUAUAUAUUCAUUGGGUGUGGUGCUGCUGCAAAUCAUUACAGCAAGGCCUCCAAUUGGAUUAGCCCACCAGGUCGGGGAGGCCAUUGAGCAAGAAACAUUCUCGGAGAUGCUUGAUCCAACAGUGACAGAUUGGCCUAUCGAAGAGGCUCUAUCCUUAGCUAAUCUUGCUCUGAAAUGCUGCGAGAUGAGGAAGAGGGAUAGGCCAGAUCUUGGUUCGGUUUUGUUACCGGAGCUUGACCGGUUAAGGGAUCUUGGGUCUGUCUAUUUGUCCAUUAAUAAUCAGAUGAUUCCUAAUGAAACACGCUUUCCUAACUCUGAUCCGGUGAUUGGAUCAACUGUGAAUGAGGUUAGUUAAUGUUACCCUUAUUCUAUUUCUUCUUUUGAUCGGUGCUCUGGACGUGCUUAAUCAAGAACUGAAACUCGACAACUCUGCAAAAACUUAUUGAAAUUCUCCAUGAAACACCUCUCCAACUGUAUAUUAAUCUUCCAUUUUGCAUGUUCAGGAGGAGGCGGAGCAUGACAUAUUGGAAAUAGACAUCCAACGUAGAUCAGUAUGAGAAGAAGGUUGCUGCUAUUAAUUAUUAAAGAGUCCUUGAUCUCUGAAUAUGGAGCUAUAGAGCACAAAACACAGCAGCUUUUCGGGAAACAAUAAUUGGAAACUCAACAAAAGAGGUAUAUUGAAGGCUUUUUGCAGGUUUUUCCUCAACUGGUACUCAAAUAUCAAACAAGAGUGUGCACGUCCUUUUCGUAAAUUAAGAGCAUCAAGACAAGUUCUCUGGCUGCAUGCAGUGGAGUGCAGCGUACCAAACCCAAGAAAGCAUCCCACCCUCUCAUGCAUAUACCUCCUUCAAUUCAGUACCAAAGCAAGAUCGAAGAUAUUUAAAGGGAUCAUAUGUUUCAAAAGAACUCCCUGGAGUGAUCGUCCUUCUAUCAUGUUACGCAUGAAUAACAGAGACACAAGGUUAAACCAAUAAUAUUGAAUAUUAUAGUAAAUACUGUUUUUUUAUCAUAAAUUACUCUUUUU